AUGGUUCACUUCAACUUUCAGACCUCCAGGAUGUUUCAUGGACAGCCUCUUAAAGCCCGAUUCAGUGCCUUCAUGGUCCUGCUUCUCCUUGUGCGCUGUCCUGAAGGUCUGUCUCGGGUGAUAACUCCAUCUCACCCUAUAGUGGCCUCACCUGGCGGUGACAUCAUUUUGCCAUGUCAUCUGGUACCUGCUGCGGAUGCUGUUUCCAUGACAGUGGAGUGGACGAGACCUGACCUGGAGCCCAGAUUUGUCCAUUUGUGGCGUUCUGGCCAAGAACUUUUGAGCGAUCAAAAUGUGGCCUUUAAGGGAAGGACGUUUCUAUUCAUCGAUAAACUAAAGCAAGGAGACCUUUCACUGAAACUCUCUGAAGUAAAAUUCUCUGAUGAGGGAACAUACAGAUGCUUCAUGCCCAUGUUGAACACAGACUCUACUGUUCAGCUUGUUGUUCGUUCUGUCCCCUCACCUGUCAUAGCAGAAAUAAACUUACAAAGCAGCAGAGUGAUGUUACAGUGUGAGUCUAAAGACUGGUAUCAAGAGCCUGAGGUGUUUUGGCUGGACAGUGAGGGAAACCUUCUCUCUGCUGAACCUACACAGACAGUCAGAGGUCCUGAUGGCCUCUAUACUGUCAGCAGCAGAGUGAUUGUGGAGAAGAGACGCAGCAAUAACUUCACCUGUAGAGUCCAGAACAACAUCAACCAGACCAGGGAAACACACAUUGACAUUUCAGAUGACUGCUUGGUGAUAGUGUCAAGUUUUGCUGCUCGUGUCAUCAUUGUCUCUGCUGCUUGCUUCAUCUGUACUCUGACAUUUCUGUUUGUUUUUCGGAAACUGCAUCAAACAGCUCGUUAG